AUGAGUGACAUUGCAAUCGUUGGAUACUCGUUCAAGCUCCCGCAAGGUGCUGAGGAUGACGAUGUUUUCUGGGAUGUCCUCGAGAACCGACGAAACCUGAUGACAGAGUGGCCUGAAAGCCGUGUCAAGACAGAUUCGUUUGCCAAUAACAAGCAUCAGAAGUGGAAUGGAAAGGGAGGGCAUUUCAUCAGCGAUGAUGCCGCCGCCUUCGACGCCCCCUUCUUCUCACUCACGGCAAAAGAAGCUUCGGCGAUGGAUCCAAUGCAGCACUGGACGCUGGAAGCUACCUACCACGCUUUUGAGAAUGCGGGGCUCCCAGUUGAGAGUCUGAAGGACUCUCGCACUGCUGUCUUUUCAGCCUCCAUGCUGGAGGACUACAGCAGGAUGACGAUUGUGGACCCAGAUAACCUGGAGAGAACGGCUGUAACUGGAAGUACUGUCUCGUGCAUCAUUCCUAACCGUGUCAGCUGGUACUUUGAUCUGCGUGGGCCGAGCAUUCAUGUCAACACUGCUUGUUCGAGUAGCUUGUCGGCUGUUGAUAUGGCUUGUAAAGCUCUGAAGAGCGGCGAUGCCUCAUCUGCCGUCGUGACUGGGGCAAAUCUUCUUCUUGACCCGAGCAUCUUCCAGGUUCUGGCUAACCAAAGAUUUCUCUCGCCUGAUGGUGUUUGCUACAGCUUCGAUGAGCGGGCCAACGGCUAUGCACGUGGUGAAGGAGUUAUUGCUGUGGUUCUGAAGCCUGUACAAGCUGCGAUUGAGAAUGGUGAUAUGGUUCGAGCUGUGAUUCGGUCCAUUGGCUCGAAUCAGGAUGGCCAUACCCCGAUUCUUACACAGCCCAGUUCGCAAUCCCAGGAGGAGCUGAUUCGCCACGUUUAUGGGCAGGCAGGUCUGUCGAUGAGCGAUACUCGCUACGUGGAAGCUCACGGUAAGUGCUACAUCACGACGCUUCUGAUGAUGGACUAA